GUCUGGGAUUAAAGGCUCUGACGAACAGCAUGCCCCACUCAGCCCUGCUGUAAGGUGACCCCACAAGUGCUGGUCACACACAGCAAGACCCCGUGCGCAGAUAAUCCGGGGCCGUGCCGAGCUCCCCCCGGCAGCUGACCAGCCAGGGCUGUGGACCGAGGCCACCCGGUCCUGAGAGGAGAAUGCUGUGACUCUGCCACCCAUCUGGUGCCCGUGACCUUGACAAAUGUUUCUGUGCCUCCUCCUGGGGGUAUAAAAGUGGGGACCUGAGGCUGAGGACCAGGCAGCGGCCUUGGGGAGCCCAGGCUCAUCUCUAAGGGCAUGAACCACCAGUACACUCGGCGCGAGGUUUUCUGCGGGAACACCUGCCACGACCUCACGCGCUUCUGGGAGCACGAGAUCGGCAAGCAGGCACGGCAGCGGCAGUCAGAGGAGCACCGCCUGGGCCGCAGCGCCCUGAGGAAGCUGCGGGAGGAAUGGAGGCAGAAGCUGGAAUCAAAGCUGAGGCUGCGGAACCCAGAGGAGACAGAGAAGCGGCUGAGCCCCAACUGAGUGGCCUCCUCCUGUCCCUGACCACCGGGGCCCCUGCAAUGGAGUCAUCAGCCUGAGUCCCCGACGGACCACGGUUCCCGGGAGACUGCCACGGAACCAGCUUCUGAUUUUGAAAUCCGCUUGGUUUUAGUUCCGGAGCGCACUGAGGGGCCUCCGACCCAGCGCUCAGCCUACACCCCGCACCGCAGUCUCUGCCCCUCCUAGGAAACCUGAUUCCCUGUAACCCUUCCCUUGCUUGCUUUGGAGGAAGGAGAAAUGCGCCCCCUGCAGAAACACACUAGUGUAAAUAAACAAAGUCAGGUUUGAAAUUC